AUGGUGGAAUUGAAGAACGGCGAAACUCUUAAUGGACACCUGGUCCAGUGCGAUACGUGGAUGAACCUUACCCUGAGGGAGGUGGUGCAGACGAGUCCGGAAGGCGACAAGUUCAUGCGGCUACCAGAGAUAUACGUCAAGGGAAACAACAUCAAAUACCUCCGCGUUCCCGACGAAGUCAUAGACCAGGUGAAGGAGCAACAGCAGCAACACCAACAGCAACAUCAACAACACGGACAGCAGGGCGGGUUCAGGGGAGGAAGGGGUGGCGGCUCAAGAGGUGACCACCGCGGCGGAGGCGACAGGGGACGGGGAGGCCGAGGUCGGGGAGCUGGGCGCGGUAGAGGGAGGGGAGGCGCUUAG